UUGCUGAAAUCUCUGUAAGGCAUUUACAGACUUCAGCCUGCCAGGGGAUUUAAGUCUCUGAAGCGUCCAGGCAGAGUGAAACAAAUCUAGAAAGAUGUCUACUCAUUUUGUUAAGGGACCUGCUUAUGGACUCUCAGCUGAAGUCAAAUCCAAGCUGGCACAGAAGUAUGACACUCAGAAAGAGGAAGACCUGCGGCAGUGGAUUGAAGAUGUGACAGGGAAAGAGAUUGGCCCACAUUUCAUGGAUGGACUGAAGGAUGGAGUAAUACUCUGCGAGCUGAUAAACAUGCUCCAGCCGGGGUCAGUAAGGAAAAUAAACCAUUCUCCACAAAACUGGCAUCAGCUGGAAAAUAUUGGCAAUUUUAUUAAAGCUAUUCAAGAUUUUGGCUUGAGACCAAAUGAUAUCUUUGAAGCAAAUGAUCUGUUUGAGAACACCAAUCACACCCAAGUGCAGACAACUUUAAUAGCACUUGCUAGUUUGGUAAGUACUUCCAAAGGAAGAUCUAUGUCUUUCAUUAAAAAAUGAGCCGAUAGGAAUGAGAAAAAGAAAGACAUUGGAAAGUUACAAGAAGGUCUGGAAACCCUCUUGGGGUUGGCAAUGGGAACCAAUAAGUUUGCUAGCCAGCAAGGGAUGACAGCAUAUGGAACUCGAAGACAUCUCUACGAUCCUAAACUCUGUGUAGACCAGCCACUUGACCGGGCUACCAUUAGUCUGCAAAUGGGAACAAACAAAGGGGCUAGCCAGGCUGGCAUGACUGCUCCUGGAACAAAGAGACAAAUCUUUGACCAGAAACUAGAUGCAGAAAAAUGUGACAUGCAGAACAUUUCUCUCCAGAUGGGCAGUAAUAAGGGGGCAUCUCAGCAUGGCAUGACAGUGUAUGGCCUUCCCCGUCAGGUCUACGAUCCCAAAUACUGCCUGGUCCCAACAUACCCCCUUAUCGGAGAGGAUGAAAAUUAUCAGUACGAUUAUGCUGAGCACAAUUUCCACAACUCUGACUAAUGCUUCAGACUUCACAUCACAAAAAAACGAAAAAGAAACUGUGGACUGACACAAAGCCAUGAGCUCACCCAGGAAGCAAAAGCAAGUGAACCAAGACAAUAAUGUGACCUCAGAGAUAUUAUAUGCACCUGCAUGCAAAAAAAAGGAACAGCUAACUAUAAAUCGCUAAACUUAACUUGCACACUGUAUAAGCUACAGGAGAUGAAUGCACUGGAGCAUAAAAUAAAUCCCUGUAUCGGACAAAUGUUGCUAGUUAGUAAAGCUGAUUUGCAAACUAAUAUGAAUAGAUGGUUCCGGAUAGUAUUGAUAAGCUAUACCAGGUUGCCAAACAUAAAUGCUGCCUCUAAUUGCUGUAUAAUCGCUGCAACGUCACAUGGUUAAUUUAAAGCAAUGAGCAUGCUGGAUGCCAGAAUGCGCACAUUAAGAUUUUACCUUUAUCUUA